AUGUUUGUGUUGCACUUUCAGUUGGGCCACAGUUCUCCCGUACUAGUACUGGUUGCUAAUGGGAGUGACAUCACGAUUAAUUUUCCGGGCGAAAACAAUAACAAUCGUGUAUUCAGCAUCGUCUCCAGCUCCGGCAACAAUAACCCGUCCAUGUUGGACUGGAUAGGCGGUAACGGAGCCAACAAAGCACCUACCAUCAUGCUGGGUAAAUCGGACGCGUCGGCAAUGUCUCCCCAUCUGACUGACGACAACAGUGACGAAGAUAAUUCUAUUUCACCUUCCAAUCCAAACCCGAGAUGGGGUCCGCAAGGAAUGAACGAAUACGAUGAAAACGAUGGUAUACUUCCGCUAGAAUCGACCGUAACCCCUAAAAUUCUGGUGAACAUCACCACCAGUUCCAGUGCGUACGUUGAAACUUCUGAUAAGGUGAUAGCAGCACCUGUUUGA